AUGUCUUAUUCUGCCCACAUCUAUCUAUCUAUCUAUCUAUCUAUCUAUCUAUCUAUCUAUCUCAGUCCGCUCCUAUCUAUCUAUCUAUCUAUCUAUCUAUCUAUCUAUCUAUCUAUCUAUCUAUCUAUCUAUCUAUUUGUCUUGUGGGGAAGACUCUGCAGCCUCUUUCUUUCAAGCUCACAAUUCGGUUUAAGCGAAUCGUCUCUUCUUCACAAAAGUUCUAUUCUCAGUGAGGUCGCCAUUUUUCUGAACAUGGCGCCCGACAAGUCUGUAUCCGGUCGGAUUUGUUGUGCUGGGAUAUUUUCGGUAAAGACGCGUCGGCGUUGGCAAAAGCUGCGAUACAACGAAGUUCGAACUAAAUCUAUGUUAAGAAACAGACUCUCCAAAGAUCUCAGCUUCUUUUAUCUAUCUAUCUAUCUAUCUAUCUAUCUAUCUAUCUAUCUUUUCAUAUCUAUCUAUCUAUCUAUCUAUCUAUCUAUCUAUCUGAGUUUCUUAAUUAUCUAUCUAUCUAAUAAUCCACUUGACUGCAGAUUGGUAUCUUUUUCGAUGAGCUAUUGGCGACUCUUCUAUUUCUCCAUUUCUUCGAAUUCUAUGUCCACAUACACAAUCUAUCUAUCUAUCUAUCUAUCUAUCUAUCUAUCUAUCUAUCUAUCUAUCUAUCUAUAA